AUGACGGAUCUUGCACGCAUCCUGCCGCAUUUCCCAACCAGCCAAUAUGCGAAUCUCAUCCCGAGCCUGGAGAAGCACCAGGUCACGACGAGCGAGCUCCUGACCCUCGAGGCAGCAGACAUUGGCAAGCGAACGCAGCUGCCUCUGUUGGACGUGAAGAGGCUAUGCGGCGCCAUCUUGGCCGCGCUGCACGCGGACCUGGGCGUGGAGGAUCGGGAGCCUGACGCGGCAUCACAGGCGGGCAGGGACGACGGCGCUGGGACCGUGGACGAGACACCACAGCAACAUCGGUGGUCCAAAAUAAGCACUCUCGACCCCGUAAUCGACGAGCUCCUCGGCGGUGGCAUACGGACAGGCCACAUCACGGAGCUGACCGGUGAAGCUGGAGCCGGCAAGACGCAGUUCCUCCUCUCCUUGCUCCUCGCCGUGCAGCUCCCGCCGCCGCAUGGGAUCGGCCGUAAUGCCCUCUACAUCUCGACCGAGGCAUCCUUGUCAACGCGCCGUCUCACGCAGAUGCUGAAGAACAACCCUGUGCUCACAUCCAAGUCUAUUCCCUUCAGUGAGAGACCAUCCCUCGACAACAUCACCAGCACCACCACGCCCGACCUGGAGUCUCAGGAGCACAUUCUCACCUAUCAAGUGCCGGUGCAGGUAGAACGCCGCAACAUCGGCCUCAUCGUGCUCGACAGCGUGGCGGCCAACUACCGGGCCGAGUUCGACCGAUCCGUUAGGAACGACUCGGGCGCGCUCGGCGCCGCGAGCGAGGGCGGCAGGAGCGUCAGCCAGAACAUGGGCGCCCGCAGCGCGGAGCUCGUCCGGCUGGGGAUGCUCCUGCGGGACCUGGCCAGGAACCACAACAUCGCCGUGGUGGUGUCGAACCAGGUCGCAGACCGAUUCGACCGAGCCGGGGCCCCGGCCCUGCCUAGGAACCCGCCAUCAGGCUACGGUAAGAACGUCGCUGCGGGCGGUGGUGAUCCACGCAGGCGCCACGAGAGCUCGCCGUUGGCGGCGCGGAGCAAGGAUCCAAACCAGCCGCCUCUGCCGCACGCAGAGCCGACGUCCUCGAUGGCUGAUGCGCUGCCGGCGUCGAGUAUGUCAUUCGGGGAGAACGGGGAGGAUGAGCCCCCUCCGCAGACACGGCCGCCGCCGCCGCCGCCCAUGGACGAGAUCUCGCACCUGCCUGCCCCGCCAGCGCUGAACUUCGACCACCAGCAGAGGUGGUUUACUGGGUGGGGCGAUGAGCCGUGGCCCUCAUCGACACAUUCUUUGAAGACUCCCAGCCUGGGCCUGGUCUGGGCGACUCAAAUAGCCUGUCGAAUCGCCCUGGUAAAGGCGCCACGGUAUGGAAAGUCAAGGUACUCCGUCGACGAUGAUGCCGGCGAGCCAGAAACGCCCAUUCUAAAGAUGUGGAGGAGGUGGAUGAAGGUCGUCUUCGCACCUCAUGUUGCUUCAACGGGGCCCGGACUGGAGGGAGCGGCUGAGUUUGACAUCAAUAUGGGUGGCCUGAAGGGGGUAGUUAGAUGA